AUGGAGAUGCAAUCCUACUAUGCCAAGCUCUUGGGGGAGUUGAACGAACAGCGGAAGAGGGAUUUUUUCUGUGACUGUAGCAUCAUUGUGGAAGGGCGGAUCUUUAAGGCCCACAGGAAUAUUUUGUUUGCCAACAGCGGCUACUUCCGAGCCCUGCUCAUUCACUAUAUCCAGGACAGCGGGCGGCACAGCACCGCCUCCUUGGACAUUGUCACCUCCGAUGCCUUUUCCAUCAUCUUAGAUUUCCUGUAUUCUGGGAAGUUGGAUUUGUGUGGGGAAAACGUGAUUGAAGUUAUGUCGGCCGCCAGUUACCUACAGAUGAAUGAUGUGGUAAACUUCUGCAAGACAUAUAUUCGGUCAUCCUUUGAUAUCUGCCGAAAGAUGGAGAAGGAGGCUGCUGUGGCUGCAGCGGUGGCAGCGGCAACUGCAGCUGCAGCAGCUCAUCAGGUUGACGGUGGAAGCCCCAGUUCAGGCACGGAAGGGGCCUCCUGUGAUACCAAGAGCUUGGUCUCCUCUACAGCCAAGGAAGAAGAGUGUGUGGACUGUCCAAAGGAGUCCCCUUGUGGUGACUGCCGCCCCCUGGAACCGGUGGUGAAAGACAGCGAGGGCAGUGGCUCAGCUGACAGUGACCUCUCUACUCUGCCCAAGCAGAUAGAGCCCAAGGUGGAGUUUGAUGCUGACGAAGUGGAGCAGGUGGAGGUGGGUGAGCAGCUCCAGCAAUAUGCUGCGCCACUGAACCUGGCCCACAUGGAGGAGGGUUUGCCCAGUGGCCAUCCCGUGGACGUGUCUUACGGUAACUACCACGUGAAGCAAUUCUUGGAGGCCCUCUUGCGCAACGGUGCUGUCCAGAGCAAAGAUGAUGCGGAUCAUCACUUUUCUCGGAGUUUGGAGGGAAGACCAGAUGGUGUAGGGGGAGCCAUGAGUUCCAUGAUGGAUGUCCCGACCGACUGGUAUGGCGAGGAUUCAGGCGAUGUGCUGGUGGUCCCCAUCAAGCUCCACAGAUGUCCUUUCUGCCCUUACACUGCCAAACAGAAGGGCAUCCUUAAGCGGCACAUCCGCUCACACACGGGUGAGCGGCCCUACCCCUGUGAGAUCUGUGGCAAGAGAUUCACUCGACAGGAGCACCUGCGGAGCCAUGCCCUGAGCGUCCACAGAUCCAACUGUCCAAUCAUCUGCAAGGGCUGCAGAAGAACCUUCACGAAUCACCUGUCACAGGGGCUGAGGCGCUUUGGGCUGUGUGACAGCUGCACCUGCGUUGCAGACACACAUGAUGAUGAGUACAGUUUGAUGCCCAUCAACCUUAGCCUGGUGGAGGCUUCAUCCGAAAGCCAAGAAAAGAGUGACACAGACAAUGAUUGGCCAAUCUAUGUGGAGUCUGGUGAGGAAAAUGACCCUGCCGGAGAGGAUUCUGACGACAGACCACCAAUGCAGCCCAACCUAACAGACCGAGAGACACUCAUGUAGCAGCAGAUUCGGGGGAAGAGGUUUUGGAAUUUGUUAUCGCUCAUUCUGUGGUUGAACCCUGAGACGAACAUUUUUUUCAGUGUCAAUAUAUUUGCAUUUUUGUUAGAUGACCUAGUAGAGGUUGGAUUUUGUGACUCAAAGGACUAAUGAGUUUUUAGUUUGGUGCCCUUGAUUUCUGAGGGCUUGGCUGACCUUUCCUUAAUUCUGAGUGAAUAAGGCUGGCCCUCAGGCUUCCUGUUUUUCCUGUUGUGCACCUGAACUCCGGUUAGGAGAAAGAUAAGAAACCCCCCAUGCUUGUUUUCAUAGCGUCUCAAUCUCUGCAUUCCUUAGGGGUCAUCCUCUUUUCUCUGAAAAGGUGGGCAAGAAUGUAUUAAGUUUUGAGAAUAAUUUUACCUCUGCCAAGCCUCUCCUGAUGAAUUCCAUAUUCUAAUUUUCCGAAGUACUUAAGAGAAAGCUUUAUUGAUACAAGGCAGGCGGGGCCGCCUUAGACAUGAUUGUAAAAGCUACUUUCUAAAUCUAAGACUGCAAACGGUAAAAGCUGGGGGUGUUUGUGUGCAUACAAGCACGGAAAUAAGCUCAAAGCCUUCUUAUGGCACUUUGACUUGCCCAGUGGAAUUACAUUUUAAGUUUGCCCCGGGAAGGGACCCUGUGAGCCCAGGUCUGGAUGGUUUCCCUGCUUCGUUUGGUAUUUGACAAUUCUCAUCACACAAAUAACCUGUUUUGUGAUCAUAAAACAAAUCAUCUGGGCAAAACUAAAAAUUCUCCCCUGCUUUUUCGAGCCAUUUCCAAAGGCCACACUGCUGGAACUGUCGCUACCACUGACAUUCUUUUACUUAGUUUGUGAAUGGAACUUUAAUUGGAGGGAAAGUGUAAGCCUAUCUAAGCAAGAUAUAUUUCUAAAUUGCUUACCUUUUAAAAGAUCUGCUGGAAGAAAAGAGAAGUUUGUAGAAGUACAGGUUUUUAAAACCAGUCUGCUUUUCCCCUCUUAGCAGCCAUGCAAUUAUUCUAACAAAAGGCUGCACUUCUUUAAAGGGCUAAAAAGCAGGAAAUAUUAGGGAUUUAAAAUAUUUAAGGCACUUUCAUAAUUUUGUCUUAUGUUGAGGUAUCCAAAAUGGAUUUUCAAAGAAAUCCCUAAUGAAACGAAGUAUGCAAACAAAACAGUUUCCUUUGAACUUUGAAAAAAAUAAAAGAAAUCCCUUUUUCUUCCUUUAAUUUAGUAUAGUUAUGUUUCAAAAGGUAGUAAAAUCACUUUUUUCCUGUCUCUUAAACAAAAAGAUCUUCAAAACAUCAUAAAUUGGCUUGUAAAUGCUAGUCAUUGAAGAGUUCAAAGGUAUUUAAACUACUCAGUAGAAGUUAAAGUUUAGCUAGUGUGACUCAAACUGUGGUCCUCACACGGGUGCCGGUCUGUGAGUUGUUUGAUACCAGUCCACACAGCAGGACCAUGUAUUGGUCUGCAGUAGAUUGGAAAUUUUAAAAUUGGUCGUUUGCCCUGGCUGGUGUGGCUCAGUGAUUCGAGAAUCAGAAUGGGUGUGCUGUAUUCCAAUAAAACUUUACUUGCAAAAAACAGGCAGCAAGCAGGAUUUGGCCCAACCUGUUUUAGGUAGUACUUUUAUUUUUCUCUUACUAAAUGAAGUUAAUGAGUCUUCAAACAGAAAAUGUAUUUAGUGUUUAGUGUUAGCAGUUCUAUAUUAUUAUAGGUAAUCUUUUUUAAAUCUAUAGGCGAUAGCCCAGCAGAGUGGCUCAGUGGUUGGGUGUUGACCUAUGAACCAGGAGGUCACAAUUUGAUUCCCAGGCAGGCUGAUGCUCGGUCAGGGCACGUGCCUGGGUUGUGGGCUCUUGUGGGCUCCGUCCCAGGUGUGGGGAAUGUGGGAGGCGGCCAAUUGAUGGUUCUCUCUCAUCAUUGAUGUUUCUGUUUCUCGCUCCCCCCUCCCUUCCUCUCUGCAAUCAAUAAACAUAUAUUUUUAAAAAAUCUAUAGGAUA